UCGCAGCUGUUUCCCAAAAAAAACGCAUUCAUUUGGUAAUUUCCACAUGUUUAUCAUGUAACUCACCCUACGGUAAAUACACUGAAGGUGAUACUAUACUCGUCUCCUGUUACUUUUGUCUCUUCAAUUAAAUGACUCAUUGUGAAGUCAGCGGCAGUUUGGUUGAGAGUUUGGCUUCAUGGAUGGUCGCAUAAAUGUCGGAAACCUCAAGCUGUCUCAUGAUACUUAUGUCAUAAUUACGACAUUCAUCUUGAAGCAUCGUUGAAUAGAAUUAAAUUAAGGCGCGUCAACUUCGUAACCGAUGGAACAUUAUUUAAUCACAUCCGCUGCUGUUAUCGCGAGAGAACUCACAGAAGAAAGUUAAGCCAUGAGUCGUAUCGCGUGAACACACUGAUAAGAGUUGGUGUGUGCUUUUGUCGUGGAAAAUAAAGAAUAGUACACGUGGAUUACAAUCUUAUUUACGUUUUAAUGAGCGUGUUUUUGUACGUGUGGUAAAACAAAUAUUUUCAAACAUAUUUUCAGGCUAAAUUGCGCGGAGAAAGGAAGUAUGGCAAAAACAUCAAAAUAUGUUUUGCUAUCACAUUCUUUUGGUGGUGUAACAUUGUUUGUUCUCCUCAACCUCGGCAUUUCUUUUGCUUUAAAUGUCACAAUUAUGACAGGUAAUAUGGGAAAAUUGUUUCUCUCAAACUUUGAUUUCAAUCCAAAAUCGUCUGGAGAUCCGUGGGUGUUGAAGGAUGGUUAUUUAGAAUCGUGUGGUACUGGUACCGACUAUGUCUUUAUAACAAAGUCAAUUACCAUUCAAGAUACUUACACUGACACAAUUUAUAUUGCUAUGGAAACGAUGCCGAGUUUUCGACCAGACUAUAAUAAAUCUCUGGGUAUUUACAUUUAUAACGGAACGAACCAGCUUCCUGAUACAUCAUCAGACAUUUUCAAGAAUUUCUUCGAUGUAAACUUCUCUUAUUUAUACACCGUUAAUAAUGACACAGCCAUUGAGAGAAACAAAAAAAUUUUGAAACAUGUUUUCAAGUUUUUAAAGUACAAUGCCACAAAGAUUACAAUCGCUGUAAGGGCAGUCGGUGUGUGCACAAGAAUCUAUUCAAUGAUGUUGUAUUAUUAUUAUUGCAAUGACGUUCAAUUAAAUGGAAUCAAUUUUCCAAAAACUCGAUCACCUGUUCAUGGAUGGAAAAAAGUUGAAGGAAUUUGUCCCGUUAAAUCUGAUCAAAAGAGAAGAUGGAUAGGUUUUUGUGGAUACGAUGGGACAUGGAACGUAACAAUGGCAUGUACCUGUCGAGAAGGUCACGAAUUGAAUGAUGAAAAGAAGUGCAUUCCAUGUCCAGUCAAUCAUUUCAAGCAAACGUCUUCAAUGAAACCAUGUCAGCUUUGCCCAAAUAAAGCUACAAACACGUCAAAUGGGACAAGUUGUCAGUGUAAAAAUGGCAACUACCAUGUUGCUAUCAACUUAGAUCCCACAAAGUCACCUUGUUUUGGACUAAUCACAGAGAAACUCAAGGUCGUUAUUGAGAAAAUAGUUGCACAGAAAAGAGUCGAGUUAUUUUGGCAAGAGCCUAGUGUGGAUGAAGAACUUAAAGAUUCUCUGCAUUAUGACAUUCAAUGUCGUCCAGUAUCUCGUCGUUUACGUCACUGUAGCAGAUCAUGUGACUAUUUGAAAUACCAACCAAGAAAACUUAACCUCGCGCAAUCGCAAGUGAAAAUAUCAAAUUUCACUUUGGAUUGUGUAUAUAAACUGCAAAUUUUUCCCAAAACGUCGAUCAAUGACUUAGUUGAUAAAAGUAAAUGGAAUUACACGGAAAUAACUCUUGAAAGAUUUGUAGUUGUCAGCAAUAUAUCAAAGUCUAAACGCACCAAUGAAAGGAAGAAUUUUGACAUCGUUAUGGUGUCUGGAAUUGCCAGUGGAGGGCUGUUGGUGAUUAUCAUAUUUCUUGUUUUUCUCAUAAAGAGGAAAAAUAAUAACUACGGAAGACAUUUAAUAAUUAAAAAUAUACAACAUGAAGUCGAGUUACCUGGCGUCGGGCAGAAAUGCUAUGUGGAUCCAACAAUCUAUGACGAUCCUGAAGAUGCUUUGAAUAAAUUUGCCAACGAGCUUGAUCCAUGCAUUUUGAUUUUAAAAAAACAUGUUGGUGGAGGCGAAUUUGGCGAUGUUUACAAAGGAGCAAUGAAUUCGAUCGGUGGAAAGACCGUGGCAGUUGCAGUGAAAACACUAAAGAGUGAUUACACCACAAAAGAUGAAAAAGAUUUUCUUUUAGAAGCUUCUGUCAUGGGACAAUUUCAUCAUCCCAAUGUUAUUCGCCUUGAAGGCGUUGUUACGAAAUCUUUGCCACGGAUGAUCGUCACAGAGUUCAUGUCUAAUGGCUCACUGGAUAAAUUUUUAAAGACAAACGAAGACCGUUUGACACAGAUGCAACUUAUUACAAUGGCGAGAGAUGUUGCAUCUGGUAUGACUUAUCUAUCUUCAAUGAAUUUUAUUCACAGGGAUUUAGCUGCAAGGAAUAUUCUCUUAAGCAACGAUAUGUUGUGCAAGAUUGCAGAUUUUGGUCUGUCACGUUACUUGGAAAAUGGCGGCUCUGAAGCAGAAUACUCCAUGUCUGGCGGAAAGAUCCCCGUGAGAUGGACCGCUCCAGAAGUUAUUAAUUAUCGCAAGUUUUCUUCCUCCAGUGAUGUCUGGAGUUAUGGUAUCACACUUUGGGAAAUAAUGUCGUUUGGCGAUCGUCCUUAUUGGGAAUGGAACAAUUCCAUGGUCAUGCAUAAAGUUGAAGAAGGAUAUAGGCUUCCUCCGCCAAAGGAUUGUCCUUUGGCUGUUCAUAACCUGAUGUUGUCCUGUUGGAAGGCUGAUCGUAACAAGAGACCGAACUUCUCGUUUCUUAAACAAACCUUAACCGAAUGGUCUUCAUCUCCUGAUGCCUUAAAAAAAUUAAAAACACUUUCAGCCAUUGGGGAUUGGUUGGAUUCUAUCAAGAUGGGCGAUUAUAUGAAUGUAUUCAUUGACGCAGGUUAUGAUCAUCCAUAUCAGCUGACAAAAAUCAGAAACGAAGACUUGUUGACCAUGGGUGUCAAACUGAUUGGCCAUCGUAACAAAAUUAUGAAGGCAAUCAAAGCAAUUGAAUUCCAAGACAAUAAAACUUCAACGACUCAAUCCAGUUAAUUUAUAGUAUGAUGAUGGCCAAUGAAAGUGCAGAAUGUCUAACAAAAACUCAAUACUAUUUUUGUAGGUUUAAGAGCAGAUGUUAAAUGCAAUAAAACCAUGCCCAAAAGCCACCUUGUUAAUUUGACUGCUUCUUAGUCCUUUUAACCCCACUUAAACUGUUUUUUGUAAUUUUUAAACUCAGUAAAAAUAACUAUUCUAAUGAUACGACGCCAAGAUCAUUGUACGUUUCAAUUAAUGCUUCAUUACAAACACUCAGUAUUCGAAAAAAUUCUUUGUUCGUGCAAGUAUAAAAUCAAGUAGUGAGUACAACUAUGAUUUUGAGUAAAUGUAACUUAAUAAAACCAUUCAAAGUUAAA